AUGGCCCAUCUAACACGCCCCACGCAGUACAAUAUUGAAGACUCGAACAUCGCGUUGUUGGGAUCCGAUCUUGAGAAACAUGUCAGAGAACACGCGGGCGACAAAGAGGCCGCUUGGCAAGCCUCUGGGAAAGAGCCUGAGACGCAAAUUUGGCGGAUCGAGCAGUUCCACGUGAAGGAGUGGCCCAAGUCGCACUACGGCCACUUCUACGACGGAGACUCCUAUAUCGUCUUACACACGUACAAGAAGGAUCCCGACAAUGAAGAGCUCUCUUACGAUCUGCACUUCUGGUUAGGAGACGAGACUUCCCAAGACGAAGCCGGAACGGCUGCUUACAAGACUGUCGAGCUCGACGAUCACCUCGGUGGCAAGCCUGUCCAGUACCGCGAGAUCCAAGGGUACGAAUCUUCCCGCUUCCUUUCCUACUUCCCCAAGUUCGUCUCACUCCAUGGCGGCGUCGCGUCCGGCUUCCACCACGUCACCGAGCCCCCUCCGGACAACUCCCGCCGCCUCUACCUCAUUUCCUCCGCCCAGGUGCCGGGCAAGGCCACCGGGCAUCUGCAAGUCCGCGAGGUACCCACAGAGGGCGCGAGCAUCCUGGAAGGCGGCGUGUACGUGCUGGACAUGGGCCAUAAUGUGUGGCAGUUCAACACGCGGGCCGCUCCCGGCAAGGUCAAGUUCAAGGCGGCGGAGUUCGUGCAGUCGCUCGUCAACGAGCGCCAGAGCCAGUGCGAAUCCACCGUCUACGGUACGCUAUGUCCUUGUCUUCUGCUCAACCACUGGGGGACAGACGAACAUGGCCAAGGCGCAGGUCUCUUCCUCUCCGAGCUCGGCCUGGAAGCCGUCGGUCCCCCUCAGGUCGUUGCCUUCGCCACUGAGAAGGCCCUCUUCCGUCUUUCGGAUUCUACCGGCCAGCUCGCGUUUGAGCCCGUCUCCCCGCCUACUGAGUCGUCCCUCUCGCCUGACGACGCGUUCGUCCUGGAUGACAGUUCGAACCCCACCAAUCCCGCGAUCUAUGUGUGGAUCGGGGCGAACGCCUCGCUCACAGAGCGCCGUCUGGCACUCCAGUACGGGCAGCACUAUCUGUACAAACGCAAACAGGGCGGCGGGCGCACAGCAUUGGCGACGCACAUCGUCAAGAUCAACCAAGGGCAAGAAACGGACGCGUUCAAGAGUUCGAUCUCGGGGAGCGGAUCGUGA